AUGAUUGCAGCUUCCAAAGGUGGGUAUGAGAGUUUGGUAGAGGAGCUGGUGAAAGCUGGUGCUGAUGUCAAUUUACAGGAUGGGAAUGGAAAUACAGCAUUGAUAUUAGCAUGUCAGGAUGGAAAUCUGAGCAUGUGGAACUUGUUGCUGAGCAUUGGAGCUGAUGUCACUCAACAAGAUGAAUGGAGGCAAACACCACUGCUAGUUGCAUUGAAAAACAAUUGUCAUUCAUGGAUUAAGUGUUUAAUGAAAUGGCUACUUAAUUGUGUUGAACAUGUUGACUUUCAUGCAACAGCAUUGCAUUUAGGAUACAAAAUAAACAGACCAGAUAUAGUGAAUUCACUGUUGAGACUGAAAAAUAGAACUAGUUUAAAUUUAAACCUAUUUAAUACUUUGGUGUUCAUAAGGCAUGGUGCUUUAAAAAUGGACAGUAAAGAUGAUGUUGUGGUCUCAGAGAGGUAUGACUGGCAGAUGGAAGAUGGUGAUUUCUAUUCAUUAAUCAGAAUGUUGGACAGUGAUGGACUCAGAAAUUUGUUGCAGGCUGGUCUGGAUGUUAAUCAGUGGAUACAAUAUAAUAAUGAGGACAGACAUUUUGAGGGAAAACCACUGCUGCACAUACUUUUGAAUGAGUAUGGUCCAUGUAAUGUUGACAGGGAAGGAAAAGUAAGGAUCCUGCUCCAGGCAGGGGCAGAUGCAAAUGUCAGGGUAGGGUUUCGAGAGGAUGACAAUUUCUUUUUUCAUCGGAUGCAUGAAUUUUUUAAAUGUUACGACAGGCAAAAGUAUCAGUGUUAUGACAAGUUAGACUGGGAAGGUGUUUCUGCUUUAGGGAGAGCAAGAAGAGUCUUUUUUGAAUACAGUUGUGAAAAUAUGUAUGGCAUUCCUAGAUACUUAGAUAAGAGAGAUGAGUACAAGGGGAUAAUUCAGGAAAUUAAGAAACAUGUAAGAAGAUACUCUUUAUAA